AUGCUAGGAGCUCCUGCCACCAAUGCUGCAAAGCGAGUGAGGGUGAGUAAAACCGUCCUUGAAUGUUUGAAGCGAGUCUUUUUUUUUUUUUGCGUUUUUUUGUUUCAGUUAAAUUCUAUCUUUUUGGGCCUUUUUUUGUCUGUCUUGAAAUUACUUUCAGCUGUAUUUUGGGUUCCUUUGCUUUUAGUUAACUGUUGAAAUACCGGAGGAGAAGCAAGAAUGUAUUAUCCGUCUACUUGGCCUGCAGGAUGCUUGUGAAGUUGUCUCUAUUAGACGGGUUCAAUCUGGGAACGGUUGGUACUGCGAUGCUCUUGAACAAUGUAUUGUUACCUUUUAUUUAUCGGCUAAAAUUUUCCCCCAACAUCAUGGUUGCGCAGAAUACACCGUAGGAUAUUCCUUCGCUUUUGUAAAAAAAUUAUUACAGCUUCUUUAUUGAUAUAUGUAUACUAUAUAAGUUCUAUUAGUUCAUUUUUGAAAAGCGCGCCACGUUUACAACGAUUAUCACUUGCAACUUGAUCAUGCCCUUUCAACCAAGGUUAGGUCAUACCAUAUCCUGUUUCGGCCAAAUCUAAACUUUAUAGACAAUUCCAUCAGCAGUUUUUAUCAAAGAAACAAAAAAUUCACUGUGUACAGCAAUUCCAUAACCCUAAACUAAGCGUUACAUUAGGACACAGCAUUUGGCGCUUGAAGUAGUGAAAAUUUCUCGCAGAUUUCUGUAUCAUCUGUAGUACUUUACACGACCUCGUACUUAUUUCAGAAUAUUACUAACCCUCUUCUCUGUUCGUUCAUUAGAAAAAACUACUUUUUUCACCUUUCUUUCCAGGCCGAAAACGUUUCGCUGUGCCAAGAGAUGAUGAUACGUCUGCGCCGCCUACACCAGUUCGCAUCUUCCCGGCAAGAUACGAAGUCGCAUCUCCUGCAGAAGUACAGCAGCCGGUCGUAUCGGAUGAUGUAGUGGAGGGAGAUGACAACAUUCCAGUUUCGACCUGUGAUUUUUGCCUAAGAAGCCCCUGCAUAACGCGGUCGGAAUUCAAACCGAUGGGUCGUGGCGAGGCUAGAAUAACCAACCACACUAAACGCCGUAAGGAUUAUAAAUGGUUCUGGCGCACCCUAAAAGACUGUGGGCUAUGGGAAAACCCAACCUACCUUGCAAGAAAGCAGGAGCUGGGCCGCAUGAUCGACGACGUACGAGAGGUCAUGCCGCUUUGCGUGGUGAAGGACAUUCGUGAACGGUGGCCAAAUCCACCCAACGUCCCUUACCAAGGCCAUCGUCGUUCAUAA